GAGCACGUCACAAAUUAUUUAAUAAUAAAUACAAUUAGCUUUAUACAGGAAUUCUCGAUAAAUAACGUUUGAAUCUUCAAAUGAUACUGAUUUUCCUUCGAUUUUUUUUCUCUGGGAGACGACCCCCACCACGCUCGAAUCACGCCACCGUUCGCGUCUAUGCUACCUUCUUUGUGUCAAUAAAAUUACAAAUCACAGGCAAAUCGACGUUUCUAGAACUCGCUGCUUGAUGAGAACCAUAUACUUGUCGCUAUAUUGUAUAUAUUUCGCCGGUCAUAUAAAAUGAUUAGUCUGCGAUACUGUAGUAACACAAGCGACGGUUAGGAAUACGGCUGAUGGUAAGCCUCGUGGCGUAACAAUAUUAAUACGUUCAUCAUUGACAAAUCUAUAUUCAGUUAUAUAAUUUAGUAAUAUGGAUCUUUUAGCUGUCAUUGGCUUAAUAAUUAUAAUUUAUAGUCUUGUUUACAUUAUUUGCCCUUGGUUCCUUGAUUGUGACUUAAAUCUUGCUAUCUAUGAAAAAUUUGGCAAACCUACAAAUACUUUAAGAGAUAAAGUAGUAUGGAUAACAGGAGCAUCAAGUGGAAUUGGAGAACAUCUUGGAUAUGUUUUGGCAGAGGCUGGAUGCAAAUUAAUUUUGUCGGCACGAAGGGAAGCUGAAUUGGAAAAAGUAAAAGUUAAUUGCCUGCAAAGGAAUACAAAUUUAAAAAGUUCAGACAUUGAAGUGCUAGUUCUAGAUAUUUGUGAUGUAAAUGGUCAUGAGUCAGCACUUAAUAAUAUCAUUGCUAAAUUUGGCAAAUUGGAUAUACUUGUAAAUAAUGCAGGACGAUCACAACGAGCAUUAUGGGAGAAUAUUGAGAUAUCUGUUGACAAAGAAAUGUUUGACUUGAAUGUAUUUUCACCAAUAGCUUUAUCUAGAUUAGUAGCAAAAUAUUUUUUCAAAGUAGGUGCAGGUCAUUUUGUAUUCACUUCAAGCAUUGCUGGUGUUACGGCAUCACCAUUUUCUGCUACAUAUUGUGCAAAUAAAUUUGCAUUACAUGGUUAUUGUAAAACUUUUGCUUUAGAAAAAAUUGAUAAAAAUAUACCAAUUACAGUUGUAUGUCCAGGGCCAGUAUAUACUAAUUUUUUGAUGGAAGCAUUCACUGAUAAAAGUGGUGAAAAAUAUGGAGAAAAUGUGAAAGAAAAUCUGACAAAUAAAGUGAGUGUAGAACGCUGUGCUACACUGAUGGGAAUUGCAAUAGCAAACAAGCUUUCUGAAGUGUGGAUUUGCAAACCACUUAUACUACAGCUGGUGUACCUUGGAAUUUAUUAUCCAAAUAUUGGAUUAUGGAUAGUAAAUCAUCUGGGAGCAAAAUUUAUGCACCGUUUGCGAGAUAAUAAAACAACUAUUAAAACAAGUACAAAAGAAACACAAUAAAUAUAUAUUUUUUCUUAUACUUUAAUAUAUAUUAUA